AUGGUUAGUGAGGGUGGAUUUGAUGCAAAUUAUUAUGUUGUCUUAAAAUCAGACCCGCUGUUUUACAACUGCCACGAGUACACCAUCAUAAAAAGUUUAUCAAAUGAUGGCUCAUACUCUGGCACUGCUUUAGAUGGAAUGAAAAUCCUGAAUUUAGCAUGCGGCCCUGCAACAGAGAUUCCACAUUUUCUAGAAAAAGGAGCUUCCCUAGUAGUUGGGCUUGAUGUAGAUGCAAAUAUGGUAAACAAUGCAAAAUACUACUUAAGCUCUAUAGGAAGUGACUCUAGUAAAUACAGCAUAUAUAAGGCUGAUUGUUUCUCUAUAGAUUCCAUUAGCCAAGCUCUCCCACUUGAUAUAUAUAGCGACUAUUUUGACGCAGUUGCAGAUUUUUGGCUAAUUUGCAAUGCAAGCUCUAUAACACAGCUAGAGUCUGGAUUUAAAGCAACAAAUAAAUUUUUGAAAAUUGGAGGAAUUUAUUCAUUUGUGACUGUAAAUCCUAAAGAAAUCCAAGAAUUUAGCAAAUUUCAGGAACUGAUGAGUGUUGAUUGGUACACAAAUUUAAAAAGGCUGUUUUAUGAUGGAGAAAUUGCUAAAAUUGAGUAUGCAUUUAUGGAUAUGAAAACAAGGCAAGAAAAAUUUGUUUUUAAUGCUACAGUUUGGACUCUUGAUGACGUAAAGAAUGCUUUGGAAAGAUGUGGGUUUGAAUUGGUUGGGGCGAAAGGAUAUGAAACUAAUCCAAAUUUUGAUUUUUCAAAUAAAUCUCAGCAAUCGAGAGAAUUGAUGACAGGAGAGUAUACUCCUGGAUUUUGCUUUAAGGCUAGAAAAAUAGCUAAUGCUGAAAAUUAA